GAUGCCACGUAUGAUACACAUACAUGGAAUAUAUAUGUGUGUGACCUUAAUCUCCACAAACAACACCAUUACUCAAAACUCUCGACAUACAAGAAAGAAAAAGGGAAGCCAAAAUUAACAUGUCGCCGCCGCCGUCUUCACCGCCGGAGCUGCCACUAAAACCCAUCCCGGGCAGCUAUGGCUUGCCGUUCCUGGGCCCCAUGAGAGACCGCCUAGCUUACUUCUACUACCAAGGCAGCGACGAAUACUUCGCCUCCCGCAUCCGCAGCCACAACCACUCCACCGUCAUCCGUACCAACAUGCCGCCGGGGCCUUUCGUCGCUGCCGACUCCACGAGUCGUGGCGCUCCUCGACGCCGCCUCGUUCCCCGUCCUGUUCGACAACUCCAAGGUGGAGAAGAUGAACGUCCUCGACGGGACCUACGCGCCUUCCGUCGACUUCACCGGCGGCCUCAGGAUGCUGGCCUUCCUCGACACCAGGGACCCCAAGCACGUGCUUCUCAAAUCAUUGGUGAUGUCGUUCCUCGCUUCCAAGCGCGACGCCUUCAUUCCUCUCUUCCGAGGUUCUCUCUCCCGGAUGUUCCAGGCCAUCGACGGUCAGUUCGCCGCCACAGCGACGGCGCGGGUCAACUUCAACGGCCUCAGUGAGGAGAUGGUGUUUGGUUUCUUGUUUCGCCUCUUCUGCGACGGUAAGGUAUAUAUCUCUAAUUUGUUUUUUCUUGUUUAUAUAUUUUUAGGGUUAAUAUAUAUGAAGCAACGUUGGAUAUUUCUGAAAACUAGGGCUUCAAAUUUUAAUUAUGCCGUCAAUACAAAUGCGUUCGCCGCUAUCUAACCAUUAGUUAUUUUGUCAAAAUUGCCCUGUUGAUUUAUUUGGGUGGGUCAGAUAUGUUUGCACAACAUUACGUGAGUUGUGUCUUGCUGACUUUUUUCUAGAAGAUAUUGAAUAUUUGAUUAUGAGUAAAAGUAUGAUUUAGUAAUGCUAAUCAAUUUAUGAAGUAUGUGGAUCAUCGUGAGGUUAGGAUUAGGAAAUUACUUAACGCUUUUAAAUCAGAUACAUAUAUUCAAAAUACACAUGUAAGGUUAAGUACCUAUUUAUUUUUCUUUGAUAAAUAAAACGUAAGGUUAAGUACAUAUUUAUAGGAGAGCUUCCAUAAAUCAACAUGGUAACCCUACCCGAGUCCGACUCCUACUUGUUAAACAAGAAUAAUAAUCUGAAUACUUAAUCCGAUAAUACAAAUAAAUCGAGAGAAUAACCAAAAAAUAUAAUAAUGAGCAGACCGACUUUACCCUUCCGCCGCUCGGUCCGCUAAAAUACUUCAAAAAAAUAUUUUACAAUGU